AUGUCCCAGAGUGGACAGGACCGAUCGCGCCAGGGGCGCAGCGACGACGCCCAAAGACGCACGAGCAACGGACCGCGCGAACGACCGCUGGAGAGAAUCGACGGGUGCACACGCAGUCCUCAGCUGCUUCAAGUGGAAGGGCAUCCGCCAGGAACAAGUGUGCGCCAGUGGCUGCUAGACCGGGAGACAUAUGAAAUGGACCUGCGGGUCGUAUGCAUGCGUCGAAACCUCGAAUUCAUGCUCAUUCGCAAACUACGAGGCGAUCCCAAGGAGCUCUACGAAGCUGCACUCGAAACAGAGCUACUCAAGAUCAUCAACGAACCCAAGAACGGCGUUGAAGCGGACAUCCCUCUGCUAUUCCACGGGAUCCACAUGGACAUGAAGGAGGACGACGUUCUCAGCCGCAAGCCCGAGCUGCGGAAGAAGAUCUUCAAACGGCUGCUAGAAGUGAUGGACCCAGAUCCAGUCCGAGAUGCGUGCGUCCUCGACAUGGAAAAGGCGUGGCAUCCGGUGGAAUUUACGUGGGAAUCGAUCAGCGAGUUGGUAAUCCAUCAUGCGCAAGAGCAGCAGCGUUUUUACUCGACAUACAGCGCUGGACGUAAAAAGCCGGGCUAUGAAGCCAAAGCAGCGAAGAACAAAAAAGAAAAUCGAAAGGGUGAUUACAGUCGACAAGAACAACGCGACUGCGGCGACGCAGCCCAUCUAUACGACAAAUGCCCCAGCGCAUCGGCCGAGGACAGAGCCAAAAUCAAGUACGAAUGGGCGCUGGUUGCAAAGCGCAUGCAGAACGGGAAGGCCCUCAAGCUCAAAGCAAAGAAGCUCCGGGACAGUCUCAUGACAGCCAACAAGAAGUGGCGGGAAGAACAAGGACAAAGCCGUCUGGACGAAACAGUCCAUACAACGCAUCUGCCAACAGUAUUGGUUGGAAGCGCUGUCGGAAACCUUCCCGUCACAGCGAAGAAGACAGUGGAAUUGCGAACCACUCUGAGCGCGGCCGCCGAACAAGUCAAGCUGCCUGGAAAGCAGCUGUUCUACGUGGUUGACAACAAUGACGAGCUCAUUGUGAGGAAAUAUGCCCUGAUAUCGAUUGGACUCGACAUGGAUAGAUUACUCGAGCAAGUGGCCGUGCGCCAAAUACAUGAAGACGGCGACAACAUCGGCGACCCCGGCGCAGAUGAAGACAUCGCAUUCGGUGUCAGCGUUCGGGGACUGCGUGCAAACGACAAACAGCUGGACGUGGAAGACAUGCGAGCCGCUGAAAACCUCUACAAGGUGGCAACUACAUCCGCGAACGCCGCUGACCAAGCGCAGGCCGCGACAUUUAAACAACUACAAGGAAUCGUCGUCGACGCCGCCACCAAAGCAGUAUGGGGAACCAAGUUCAGAGGCACAGACCUCCCGGCGAAUGUGAAAGCGAUGGAACUACGACUCAAGACGGGUGCACGCCCCUAUCGUUGCAAACCUAGAAAGGUAAACCCCUUGACGGGUAUGUUCGUCAAAGCGUUUGGCAAACAGCUGGAGCAAGACCAAGUUAUUUAUGCAAACAGCUCAAGCUCCCAUCCCAUCCCCGUCAACCUGCCAAACGAUCCCACCAUGCCGUUACAGCUCCUCGUGUUAGAAAACAUCCGCGACGCCAAGAUCGACGACAUCCUGGAGUGGGCGAACACCUUCGACGAGUAUGUGAGCGUGAUGCGCGCCGUGUUCGAUGUAUGCAUGAAGUUCCGCCUGCGCUUGACUCCACGCAAGAGCAAGCAACUGUGCAGCGAAAUCAAAUGGUGCGGCAGAAUCAUUAACGGCGACGGAGUGCGCUCAGACCCUACGAGAAUCCAAGCGCUGUGCCACAUCCCGUACCGGACGGAUGCAGGCCAGCUGCAGCAAUUCAUCUGCGCAGUGAACUAA